AUGCAGGCUGAAGAGAGAGAUUUGGACGAGGUGAAGUACGAGGAGGAGAGGGCGAGACUGGACUCGCUAGCUCGGGAGCAGAUGAAGAAGCAGAUGGAGGAGAGUAUGUCAGAAUUUUCUCAGCUCAGAAAUCCUUGGAAGUGGGAGAUCAGGCAGAGGGUCUGGGGGCUCAUGGAGGAGCAGGACAUAGCGCGCGAGCCUCGACCAGUCUUUCACAGGAUCCCAAACUUCGAAGGAGCCGACAGAGCAGCCAUGCAGCUCUGCAGCCUCAGCGAGUUCAAGGAAGCGAAGGUGGUCAAGGUCAACCCCGAUACUCCGCAGAAGGAAGUGAGAUAUCGGACGCUCAUGGCGUCCAAGACCCUGAUGACCCCCCAGCCUCGCCUCCGCACAGGCUUCUUCUCCAUCCUCUCCCUGGAUACGAUCCCCCGCGAUCAGGUGCGCCAGUGCUGCACGUCCGUCGGGGUGGCCAAGUACGGAAAGCCCCUCACGACCGAGGACGAGAUCAAGGUCGACCUCAUCGUCGUCGGAUCGACUGCAGUGUGUCCUCGGACUGGCGCGAGAAUCGGGAAGGGCGAAGGGUUUGCCGAGCUUGAGUAUGGAAUGUUGCGCAUGAUGGGAGCGAUCGACGACAACACCUUGGUUGUGACUAGUGUGCACGACGCGCAAGUGGUCGAUGACAUCCCGUCCGAGGAGCUCCUGAAGCACGACGUUCCUGUGGACAUUAUCUGCACCCCCACUCGCAUCAUCCGUAUAGAGAAUCGUCGUAAGAAACCAGAGGGGAUCUACUGGGACUUGCUCAGCCCCGAGAAGUUGGCACAGAUCAAAGUUCUGCAGCAACUGAAGGCGAAGAUCGAGGAGGAGACGGGAACUAAGCUGCCAACCGGACCGUCGGAGAAGCUGCCUCCCCUCGCUGCUAGGAGUGACGCCAUCAGACGAGGGUAUUGA